AGAAACGAAUGUUGAAGACUUUCCAAGAUAAUCAGAUCAGGUUCUCUCACAGUCUAGACUAUGUACCUAAGAAACCGGCGAAGGGCGAAGAACAAGGUAAGAAAGGCACCUGGGCACACACUAACUAAUGCCGUGGCCAAGCGACAUGUUUUGAUUCGGUGUCACCCUUGGCGAUAGAAGACUUGGACGUUCUCCUUCGGAUACUUUCGAGAUACAUGUAAGCACUUGCGCGUUGCAACCAUAUCUGCCUCUCUCACCGCAUGAUGGGCCGAACACAUGACCAUCGAUGGUCACCUCCCGGUCACCUCCUUUUUUGGCUCACAUCAGCCGCAAGAUACAAUACCACUUACCGUACAUGACCGUACAUAUCUCGUCCAAUUUACCUGGUGUUCCCAACGUUCUAGCCCCAGAUUUGCGUCGUGUACGUCUGUGUACGUUCGUGUACGUCGCCGCGGGUUGUAGCUACUUCCGUAGUACAAACCUGUCAGAAGCCGCACGUUUCUGACCUCUCAUUGCCGAAUGCGGGACUGGCACAUUGGGCGCCAAGGCUGAUUGGCAGCUAUUGAUCUGCUCGGAGUAGGGCGGAGAGUGGAAGGUGGAGAAUGGAGAACGCGGGUAGGGGAGUACAUCUAUUCAAUGUCGGUCUAUUACCCUGCUGCUGUUGCUCUGCUGCUCUGUCACUUCGCACCUCGCACUUCGUAAUGUGCAGCAGCACUAAUCUCGUGCGGCUCCGUUGGGACCAGACACGACAGAACCAUGGACGAGAGAGAAGCGGAGCCGAGCAUACGUGUAACCGCGUACCAUACACUUGUCCGAUAAUUACAAGCCAACGCCCCGGCCGCGACGGUAUGAAAGGUAGGUACACACAUGGGAAACACUAUGCGCCUAAGGAAUAGACGGCCGACGGCCCGGAAAUGCCUUGGUUUGCAAAUCGACCGUUCGUCUGACGAGUAAAUACCCGAGGCCAUCGUUCAAUUUUUUACCUCCUAUCGGAAUUUAAACGCAGCCACGGCUAUUGAACGGGUUUGUCGAUGACCUUCUCGAAGAUCGCAUGUAACAAGCGAGCAUAUCCCACCAAUCACACCUUACGCGGCUAGCUUGUCAUACGCGAUUACGAAUAGAUCGACGUUUCCGGGUCACAAACCUGAUGUUACUCGGAAUAUCGCAUCGAGCUAAGAUCGAAAGGCGGGUCUCUCGUCACACCUAUGUACAGCGUAUCUCUUCUCCAUCGAUCUCCUCGUCCUCAGUUAAACUACCGAUAUUGCUAGGCUAGCUUAUUCCCCAAGAGGUGCAUAUUCUACGGCAACGGCACGCCCGCAUUUCUUCAUCGUACUCAUUAGCUCUCACAUAAAUGGGGCCUCCGUUCGUCAGCGAGAUUCACCCGCUAUUCCCGUGCGCUUCCAAGGAACACGUUAGAGGGACUCCGGCCGUGGUAGGUAGGUAAGUGGAAAAGCUUGCGCCUCAUGUGAUCCCUUUCUUCUCGAUCGAGGCCAAAUAAGAGUUAUAUGUCCGAGAUGAAUCCACUAUACUUCCGUGAGGCCGCUCGGGGUCCCUAAAAGCGACGUUGGACCACGUUGAUUAGACCAGCUUUGGGAAUCCGGCAAUAUAAGAUAAUUCGGCCACCACUUAUACCC